AAGUUUCAGAUAUUCAAAUUCCUGAUUCCGAGGAAAUCCCCCAAUUCGAGACCCUAUACAUCCAUGAUUUUUGGCAAGAAAAGUUCGAUAGGAAACGUAUUCUACGACGUACAGUGUGUGGAGCAAGAGAAGAAAAAGAGCAACUCGAUCCUUCGCCAGCUCUCUCAACUUUCGAGGCGGUCCAUAGAAAGCCUAUCGUCAACACUUUCGUCGCCACGUACACCGAGCCCAAGAGCCACUUUUUCGGAUUAUCCGAAUCCAUGUGAACUCAUCCUACUCUCUGCUCUCCAGGCUCACAUAAUAUCGGGAGACGACAUGCGAAAUUGCUCCACUGAAAUUCAGGCCCUGACGCUUUGUGAAAAGCAGAAGCUUAUCAACUUUUUCAAACCAGAAGGCGACGCUUCUGGAAUUAUUGAGAACAACGCUUUCAAGGCCUUCAACUGCUCGAAUCUCUCAUCAGACCUUCUCAAGGAAGACGGCUCCGAGCUCUUGGAGCAACUUUGGCUGAAGCUUAACAGUCUCGUCAUCCCAUCCCUGCAAUCAAUGUGCUUUCCACUCAUCGAAAUCGACACGUCAUUUGAUGUUCAGACCCUCAUAUUGACUGCCUUCCGCGACAGAGUUCUCGCAAAGCUUCUGCAAGAUGCUGAUCGAGAAUUCCCGCAAUUAAAAUCAAUUUUGCUGACGAUAUUGGUGGAGACGGAGGACAUACCGACUUCAUUGAGAACUAAAAUUGACAUUUGCCUUGGGAAAAGCCCUUCAACGUCCAAACCCCGCUACCAAAAGAAGAUCCGUUCGAAGACCGAUUCCUGCUUGUCAAGUAAACGAAAAUCCGUAUCCUGGAUGGACGAUAUGCAGGACAACUCCCGCAAAUCUUCAACAUUCUGUGCAUAGUUAUAGAUAGCUUUACUUUUUUUUAAAACUGCAUAAUUUGUAUAAUUGGGUCAUUUUUCUAGGUUGGUCAUUUUUCUAAAUGUGUGUAUAAAUAUGAGAAAAUAAAUAUGUAUGUUUCAAAAU